AUGGUAAGAAUUGAGGAGAUAGAUGACAAUGAGGGACCUCAUGAAAGACCUCAAGUGGUUAGGGAAAAUUUGUUGUGUUUAAUGAGUUCUGAAUAUGAUGGUGGUGAUAAUGAUGAUAGAGAUGAUGAGGAUGAUGUGGAUCAUGGGGCUGAGUUGGAUAAUAGAGAUGUGAUGGGGAUGAUGUGGAUCAUGGGAUGUGAUGGGGAUGAUGUGGAUCAUGGGGCUGAGUUGGAUGAUAGAGAUGAUGGGGAUGAUGAAGAUGAUGUGGAUCAUGGGGCUGAGUUGGAUGAUCGAGAUGAUGGGGAUGAUGAGGAUGAUGGGGAUGAUGAGGAUGAUGUGGAUCAUGGGGCUGAGUUGGAUGAUAGAGAUGAUGGGGGUGAUGAGGAUGAUGUGAAUGACGAGGACGAUGGGGAAUCAUCAUCACCAACAGAUGAUGAUGAUGAUCCGGCAUGGCAGCAAGAUAUAGAGAAUGAAUCUGCCUCCACAGAAAUUUACCAAUCCUAUGUUGACAAAGAAAAUGAGGAAGAUGAUGAGGAUCAAUACCAUUGGGAUAGUAGUCACAGAAGUGGUUAA